GGCGCGGCGGGGCCGAUGGCGGCGGCGCAGGGCUGCGGGCGAGGGGCGGCGCAGAGACCCUGUGGCUGCCAUGGCCGCCACCCCCUCCCCGCAGCCUCCCUUAAAUACUAUGGGACGGCGGUAGUUGCGGUGGGUGCCGCUGCCGAGCGCACCAUGCGGGCUGUCAUCGCCUUGGCCGCGGCGCUGGGCAGCCUGCUGCUGGGCGGCUGUCUCCUGCGCCUCGGCGGCCAGCAGCCCCUCCGCGCCAGGGGCUGGCAGGAGGAGGAGGCAGGAGUAGCUGCUGUCACGCCGAAAGUGGUGCGAGCCCUCAGGUCCCCCCUGACACCCCUUCCUCAGACAGAGAACAGAACAACUGCUAAUAAAAAUGGAAUUUACCAGUUUGAACAGGCUUCAAAAUGUAAGGCAAUUCAGGACAACAUUUUGUCAUCAUCUAUCAAGAAGAAAAGAUACUCAGAAGAUUAUUAUCUUCACAUAGUUACAAAACUGCAGAACUGCACCUGGAUAAGGAGACCAGAAGAAUCUACAAAAUUCAGGUCAGAAUUAGCUUCCUGCUGUGAUGCAAUUCACAAUUUUAUUGCUUCUCAAAACAACAGCCCACUGGGAAGUAACAUGAGUUAUGAAGUGGACAGUAAAAAGACCAUCCUCAUUACAGAGGACAUCUUUAAGAUGCUACCUGUGUCCUCACCUCUUUCAGUCUAUCCUUUCAAGACCUGUGCUGUGGUUGGAAAUGGAGGCAUUCUGAAAAAUUCCAGCUGCGGAGCUGAAAUAGAUAGUUCUGACUUUGUGUUCAGGUGUAACCUUCCUCCAACCACGGGAAGCAUUAGCAAAGAUGUUGGCAAUAAAACAAACCUCGUGACUGUUAAUCCAAGUAUCAUAGCUCAGAAAUACAACAAGCUAAAUGAAAAGAAGACAGAAUUUCUGGAAAACAUUGCCGUCUAUGGAGAUGCUUUUCUUUUAUUGCCAGCAUUUUCCUUCAGAAGCAACACAGCCACUUCUUUUAAAGUAUAUCACACUCUGAAAGAGUUCAAAGCAACCCAAAGGGCAAUAUUUUUUCAUCCUGCUUAUCUGAAAAGUCUUGCCCAGUUCUGGAGAACUAAGGGUGUGAAAGCCUACCGGUUGUCAUCUGGUUUUAUGAUCACUAGUGCUGCUCUUGAGCUAUGUGAGAAUGUGAAGCUCUAUGGCUUCUGGCCUUUUUCAAAAUCCACAGAGAAGAUGCCAAUCAGCCACCACUAUUACGACAACCAACUGCCUAAACCGGGCUUCCAUGCAAUGCCCAAAGAAUACAACCAGAUCCUUCAGCUUCAUGGCAAAGGCAUUUUGAAGUUGCAGUUUGGUAAAUGUGAAUCAGACUAAAAAGGGUGAUGAUCCUAAGGAAGACAAUUUCUGUGUAUCUCAGCAGUUCUGUGUUGGAUUUGAUCUGAUGUGAUUUUGUGAGCAUUAAACUGCGUUAUUACAAUAGAGAAAUAUUUUACACUUGGAGAGAAAAGGUGGUGAUUUUUUCACACAGUGACUGCUACAUUUAUGAAUUUUGAGUAAUCAUUUUUAAAAUACAAAGUAAUGAUUAUUUGGAAAAUUCUGAAACUCCUGGCUAUUGGUUUAAUUGUAGCAAAGCACAAUCUCAGGAUGGUGGCAACAUGUGACAUUCAUCAUGUUUUACUUCUUAAAGGAUCAUUAAAAUAUUUUGAUAUAA